CCCCCGACGUGCGAAAGCCCUGCUCAGUCUUCGCUGCGUCACAACGCUGCUCCUCCCAGGCCAGGCGCCUUCUGCGGCCGAUCAGCUUUCACUUUCUUCCCGAGACCAUGGGCGCUCUCCUGAGUGGUGGCCAGGACGGCCCGGAGCCCGCGCAGCCCCAGCCUCCAGCGCCGCAGGGUCCGCGGCAGCCUCAGCCGGAACCCGGCCCGUGGGGGCCGCUGGACGACGUGCGCUUCCUAAUCGCCUGCACGUCCUGGUACUGACCUGGCCAUCGGGCCCUCCUGGACCUGGCAUGGCCUGUAUCUCCUCACCCUGCCAUUUCCUGUCUUACUCCCUCUGGGCAGAGAUUCAAGAAAGAUCCUUGAGACUGAAGGUCCCUCAGGGCCACCACAGAGGAUUGCACCUCAACAUAAGACUUGCCCCCUUCCUUGACGGCCCCUAAACCAGCUCAUUCCCAAGCCCCCUUUCAGCUCUGUUCAUGCGCAGAUUUCCUGAAGCAGAAGAGCCAGGCCCAGAUGAGGCCUCCUGGCAGGAUCCGGGAUCCUGAUGCUGUUGAAUUCUGGUUUCUCUCACAGGAAUCGAGUUCCUGCUGCGGGAGUCCCAGGCCAUGGCCCCAUGUGCCCUGUCUCCAGGGAGGCCUUGCCACAGUGACCCUCCCAUACUCCUGAGGUUCCUGGGUGGCGGGGGUAGGGGGUUAGGGGAGGAUUGCUGGUUAGAAUGCAUGAUGCAGCUGCAGCAGUGCACCCCCAAGGCGCCCCUUUCUCCCCGAAGCUUCUUAAGGGCACAUAUGCCCUGGUCUAUGUUCUCACACCCCAGGGAAAAGACACUGUAUUUCUGUUUUAUUUAGAAAUGAUUUAAAAAACAUUGUACAAAGGCU